GAACAAACUGAGAAGAGAUGCUCUUAUAUAUAUUUGUUUCUGGUAAAUGGAGAGAAGGGAAUCAAAGAUGCUUUAUGCAGAACUUUAUCUUUACGUGUUUGAAGAAAGAAAAGGAAAGCAAGAGGGAGAGAUCUCUAAAAAUUUGGUAAAGCUAUGCAUGUAACGAGAAGAAGAUCAGAGAUUGAGAUGAGCGAGAUUCCCUUUGGCGUCUCUUGGAAGAGAAAGGGCGGGAGACAGGAGAAAGAAAAGCUUUAAGCUUGUUUUCAUUACUUUGCCUCUGAGCCUCUCCCCCCUUUCGAGUUUUCUAGACCUUACUGCCUCUUCUGCCUUCUGGGUUGCGUUCCUGAAGAGUAAAAGAGUACGAAGACUUCAUUACUAAAAAGGAAUUGCAUCGUGUGUUGAGAGAGAAGGGAAGAGCGGCGAAAGAGAUGGCAGGAGGAGGACCAGCGCCGCCGCCAAAACAGGAUGAAUUGCAGCCUCAUCCAGCCAAGGAUCAGCUCCCCAACGUUUCUUACUGCAUCACCAGCCCUCCUCCUUGGCCCGAGGCAAUUCUACUUGGCUUCCAGCACUACUUGGUGAUGCUUGGAACAACUGUGCUGAUCCCCACCUUACUUGUCCCUCAAAUGGGAGGUGGAAACGAGGAGAAGGCAAAGAUGAUUCAAACUUUGCUUUUUGUGGCGGGAUUGAACACGUUUUUCCAAACCAUGUUCGGAACUCGCCUGCCUGCAGUCGUUGGAGGCUCCUACACUUAUCUUCCAACUACCAUCUCGAUCGUCUUGGCUGGCCGGUACAGUGACAUUGUGAACCCUACAGAGAAAUUUGAGAAGAUUAUGCGUGGAACUCAAGGUGCGCUCAUUGUUGCUUCCACACUCCAAAUUGUCAUUGGCUUCAGUGGCCUAUGGCGUAACAUUGUAAGGUCAGUUAGUAAGUUUCUCAACAGCCUCCUCCGUCAGUUAUUUCUUAUUGGAGUGUACUUCGGGGGAGAUUUUCAGCUUGCAAAAUGUGUGGAGAUAGGCCUGCCCCAGGUCAUCAUUCUGAUCAUCUUUUCACAGUAUAUACCUCACUUGUUAAAGGGGGAGAAAUCCAUAUUUCAUCGCUUUGCUGUUAUAUUCUCUGUGAUUAUCGUUUGGGUAUAUGCUCACUUGCUCACCGUGGGUGGAGCAUACAAAAAUGCUGGCCCUAAAACUCAGCUAAGUUGCAGAACCGACCGAGCUGGCAUUAUAGGCGCCGCUCCAUGGAUAAGAGUUCCAUAUCCAUUCCAGUGGGGAGCUCCCACGUUUGAUGCUGGAGAGGCUUUUGCAAUGAUGAUGGCUUCAUUUGUUUCACUUGUAGAGUCAACUGGUGCUUUCAUUGCUGUGUCGAGGUAUGCCAGCGCAACCCCAAUGCCACCUUCUAUACUCAGCCGUGGUGUUGGUUGGCAGGGCGUUGGAAUUCUGUUCUCUGGGAUAUUUGGAACCGGGAAUGGUUGUGCAGUGUCUGUUGAAAAUGCCGGAUUAUUGGCCUUGACAAGAGUUGGCAGCAGGCGGGUGGUGCAGAUCUCGGCAGGCUUCAUGAUUUUCUUCUCCAUUCUUGGAAAAUUUGGAGCUGUUUUUGCAUCCAUUCCUGCUCCAAUUGUUGCCGCUCUGUACUGCCUUUUCUUUGCCUAUGUUGGCUCAGCUGGUCUGGGUUACCUUCAGUUCUGCAACUUAAACAGCUUCAGAGUAAAGUUCAUCCUGGGCUUCUCCAUCUUCAUGGGCCUAUCCAUCCCACAGUACUUCAAUGAAUACACAGCAAUCAACGGCUAUGGCCCGGUCCACACCGGGGCCAGAUGGUUCAACGACAUGAUCAACGUGCCAUUCUCGUCGGAAGCGUUUGUAGCUGGGAUACUGGCCAUGUUCUUGGACGUGACGAUGCACAAGAAGGAGAAUGCGAUCAGGAAAGACAGGGGAAUGCACUGGUUGGACAAGUUCAGGUCGUUUAAGACCGACACCAGGAGCGAAGAGUUCUACUCUUUGCCCUUCAACCUCAACAAGUUCUUCCCAUCAGUUUGAUUUUCAUCACACUCUUUUCCCAGAGGCGUUAGUUGGUUUUCCCCGUUUUCUACCACGAGGUUAUGGUUCGUGACUAAUUAGUUGUGCCAUUGCCAGCUCUGCUCCUCAGUCUCCAGGUUUACAUAUUGAGCUUUAGUACUCUCUCAUUUGACUAGGUUGUCUUUUUCCCUUUGUUCUUUUUCUGGGUUCUAGUGGAAAUAUGUAAAAUGUAACAUAUGUAUUCGUUCUCUUUGUUUUGUAAGAGGUAGUUGACAUAUCACAAUCCAUCUCUAACCGACUCCAAUCUUGCACUUCUUUAAAUGAAGACUCAAGUGAACUUUUAUAUGAAGAAAGUAAAGCUAAUUAUUCUAAUUCACAACAUGAAGAACUGAUUGUCACAAUCAAAGUUU